AUGGAAAAUAAAAGAAACGUGACUGAAUUUAUUUUAAUAGGUCUUACACAGAACCCCAUGAUGCAGAAUAUAGUGUUUCUGGGAUUUUUGGUUCUGUACUUGGUAACACUCUCAGGCAACCUACUCAUUGUGGUUACCAUUACCACCAGCCAGGCUCUGAACUCUCCCAUGUACUUCUUUCUGACUCAUCUUUCCUUGAUAGACACAAUUUAUUCUUCUUCUUCAGCUCCCAAGCUGAUUUUGGACUCCCUUCACGAGAAGAAAACUAUCUCCUUUAAUGGGUGUAUGGCUCAAGUCUAUGCAGAACAUAUUUUUGGUGCUACUGAGAUCAUCCUGCUGACAGUGAUGGCCUAUGAUCGCUAUGUGGCCAUCUGCAAACCUCUGCACUAUACAACUAUCAUGAACCACAGGCUGUGCCUUCUUUUGCUGGGAGUGGCCUGGACUGGAGGAUUUCUCCACGCAACGAUUCAGAUCCUCUUCACAGUCUGGCUGCCCUUCUGUGGCCCCAAUGUUAUAGAUCACUUCAUGUGCGAUUUGUACCCUUUGUUGAAACUCGUCUGCAUGGACACUCAUACCCUUGGUCUCUUUGUUGCUGUCAACAGUGGUUUCAUCUGUCUUUUAAACUUCCUCCUCUUGGUGGUGUCCUAUGUGGUCAUCCUGUGCUCCCUAAAGAGCUAUAGCUUGGAGGGGAGGCGCAAAGCCCUUUCCACCUGUGUCUCUCACAUUACAGUAGUUGUCUUAUUCUUUGUGCCCUGUAUAUUUGUGUAUCUGCGCCCAGUGAUCACUCUACCCAUUGAUAAAGCUGUUGCUGUCUUUUAUACUAUGGUGGUCCCGAUGUUAAAUCCCUUAAUCUACACCCUCAGAAAUGCUGAGGUAAAAAAUGCUAUGAGGAAGCUCUGGAGAAAAAAAGUGACUUCAGAUAAUAAUUAA